ACUCAUAUAUCUUUCACAAGUUACCAGAACCAAGAAUAUCUUCCAAGAUUAACUUCAAAAAUGCUCUUGAAAGAAUUAAAAUUUGUCUUCAACUAUUAAAAAAUAAUAAAUAACUUAACUUUUCAAUAUUUUGCAGUUUAGGUCAAAAAUAUACUCCUUCACAGUUCACAGUAACCUGUGAUUGUUUAUUUUUGUAAAAAGUUUUAUUUUUAUAAUGUCAAUUGUAGACAAUAGUUUGGCAAAGCGCCCUCCUGAUGAUCCUUUUCUGGUAUCAACUACUGCUGAUAGAAAAUUUGCGCACUGGAGAAUUGUUCUUGAAAAACCAGACGAUAUAGAGCAAGACAGUGUCUCUGAAGCCAGUUGUGAAACUGAAGAAGAUAUAGAGUACGACAUUGAGGAAUUUAUAUCCAAACCAUCCAAGUCUAAAAAAUGGAGUUUUUCAGAAGAUUUUCUCCCAACCCACUAUUCAUUUGGGUACGAUUCAACCAAGAUAUUCAACCUGGUUGCUGUCGAUGAGGACACACUCAUUUUUGGCUCAGGUGCUUUGCUGCACAUCUUUGAUAUUCCCACAAGACAACUGACAUUCAGACGGACGGCCGGGGGAGGUGGAGUUGGUCACAUCACUAAAAAUCUUGCAUUUCCUCAUAUUGCUAUUGGAGAGAAAGGCGUGAAUCCUUUGAUUAUAGUCUAUGAAUGGCCUUCGUUUCAAGUGAUAAGUGUCCUGAAAGAAGGAACUACCAAAGAGUACACUCAUCUCAAUUUCAGCUCAGAUGGAAAGCAUCUAGUCUCACAAGGAGGGGAACCCGACUUCCUGAUCACCGUAUGGAACUGGAAACGAGGUGAAAUCAUGCUACAAGUCAAAUCACACACUCAGGACGUUUUCAAUGUUGAAUUCUCGCGAUACUUCCCUGGAAACCUCACGUCCAGUGGCCUUGGUCACAUAAAAUUUUGGAAAAUGGCAAAAACUUUCACGGGGUUAAAGUUGCAGGGGGAAAUUGGCAAAUUUGGAAAAACUGAAAUUUGCGACAUUAUGGGUCUUUACGCCAUGCCUGAUGAGAAGGUAUUGACAGGAUGCGAAUGGGGCAACAUUCUGGUGUGGGACGAGGGCAUGAUUAAGAUGCAGGUGGCGCGGAAAUUGGAGGGCAUGCCCUGCCACCAAGGGCCCAUCACUCACUUCGCCUACAAUCACGAUGAUGGCUAUCUGCUUACUGCAGGCUUGGACGGAUUCAUAAAGAUCUGGUUCUAUCGUUACAUCAACGAGCAGAAUCCGCCAGACACUGAUCCGUUUGUGCGCAUUGAGCCGAGCUUCUCAAUCGAGGUGAAGGAUGAGAUUGGACGGGCACAGCUGGUGUCGCUCAGCAAGGUUGACGAGAAUCCUCUCAAUCAUCGCUAUUUCGGACAAGAUUACAGCGGCUUGUGGUCAAUAGAUGCCGAGAUGAAGUCUGACCUUCCCAAGCCGGUGAGACUCUACUGCUGCCACAAAGGUCCCAUUUUCGACAUGGCCAUUUCUCCGAUAAGUCAUCACCUAGUCACCAUUGCUCAGAAUGCGAGGCUACAUGUCUACGAUAUCGAGAAACGAAAACUGCUACUUGUCAAGCAGUUUAAAACUGAUAUCAAAGUGUUGCUCUGGCUUCCUGUGAAUGUAUCCAAGUCUGGUACAGUUUUCAUUGGAGGAUUCGUUGAUGGAACUAUCAAGAUAUUUGUGAUUGACAUGGACAAGAUUUCCAUUGAUGAUGAAAAUCUUCUGGGCGACUACGUUCAUAUUACCUUUUCAGAGAAGUUCCAUGUCGGUAUCAUUUCAAAAUUGGCACUAGACAAAGAAGGCACUAUGUUAGUGAGUGGAGGCGUUGAUUGCUGUGUGUUUGCCAAUCGAAUUGUCACAACUGAUCAAGACAGUAUUCAGCUGGAACCUAUUGGAUUCAUAAAUACUCCAGCUUCUGUCACGUCUAUUUGUUGUAAACAUGAUCAGUCGCCAACCUUCCUAGUAUGCUGUUCGGACGGCCAUUUUCUUGAGGUGACGUUCCCUCUCCAGAGAGAGUCAUUUGAAGUGGUGAGCUAUGAGUUGCACAAUUUGGCAACCAAGCUGCGUCGGUUCGCAAGCAUCAAAUCGGAGAUACUGAGAAGCAUUGAGCUGCAAGAGAUCGCUAACCGAAAGCAGGCCAAGCUUGACGCGAAAAAGGCCGAGUUGGAGAAACUGAAAAAGGAGAAUCCGCAUUUGGAUAUCAAUGAGGAGAUCUAUUUAGUUGACUCCGACGUUGAGAUAGAACUACCUCCGUUGUACUUGCCGAAAGACCCAACCCCUAUACUGUUCGGCACAUAUGAUGAGGAGGGAUUUGCGUGGCUGUCUGUAGGUGGAUACGAUGCUGGCUACCUGUACAAGUGUGACUUGAAUGCCGAAUAUGAUAAGCAACCCAUGGAACACCGACUGAUAUCACUCGAGGAUGAGAUUGUUUCUUCUUGUAACAUGACUUCCAGCGAUCUCCAUCUGAAAUUCUUCGGGCUUUCGAACGGUGUCAUAAGAGUUGUGAAUAUUAGUGAUGAUCUUUCCGAUGAUUUCUGCGAUUACCUCGAUGUGCCAAUCCAUGACAAUGUCUACGGCAGAGUCACCAAAUUGGUCAUUAGUCAUGACAAAAAGUAUCUGUGCAGUUGUGGAGAUGAUAGCAACAUAUUUGCGUUCAGAAUUAUGCUGCCUGGGUUGCUUGCAGAUGAAGAAGAAGGAGAAGAAGUUGGCUAUAGUGGGUUAUCUGAUAAAAUUGUAGCAUUGCCAGAUGAAGGCCCAGGAGCCAAUUUGAGUCUUGAAGAGGAGAAAAAGAGAAUUGAGGAUUUGCAAAGGAAGCAUGAGGCUGAAACUCGCAAAGAGGAAGUUCGGAAAAGAUUGAAAAACUGCAAGGAGAGAUUCUUGAAGAUAAUGGAAAAAAACAACUCACUACCCGCCCAGUACAGACUGACCCCAGAGCAGCUUGAAAUCGACCCUCGAGUCACCGCACACCUUGACGAAAAACUGCAAAGCGAGUUGGAUCUGGUGAAGCGCAAGUUGAGCUUCGAUUUGGAGAAGAGCAAACUGCUUUACGAAAAAGUCCACUGCUACUUCAUCAAGCCUCUCGCUGCGUUCAAAGUAUCCGUCGCUUCUAUUGGGAAGGAUUUGCAUGUGACAACCUUCGUUCACAAACAACUAGAUGAGGAGUUCAACAAAAACUAUGAAAAGUUGGUGAAAACUUACAAACCAGACUUGAGAAAUGAGAUUAGGAUGGAGAAAAUCAAGCCAAUAGUGAUUGAAGAGGAGCCAGAGUUCGUUCCUGUGCCGCUGAUGCCCUGGCUGAGAGGCGAGGACAAUUUCUAUGACAAGUUGAAUUCACAAACUUUGAGAGCGCUGGACCGACAUUUGGCCAGGCAAAAGUACAACGAGAAUAGGGAGGCUGAGUGGCGCAGCUUCAUGAACUCAAAACCAGACAUCAACAAGCUGGACGCAAAAGAUUUACUGCGCAUUGACUUUGCGCAGCGCACAAUCGGUGACUACAAGCUGAAGACUUCGGCCGACUAUAAAGUGCCAAGGCAACUCAGGGUAUCAGUCGCCCAGAAGCAUAGGCAACUGUUGAUUGUCAGGAAAAAUGUCUAUGAUGAAAAGAAUUCGUUCAACAAGAAAGUGAUGAGAUUGAGAGAUGAGAAAGUGCAAAUGGUGAAAGAGUUCAGGAAGUUGCAUGCCGUGUUGAAUGAGUUGCAUAAGGAGAUUGAUGAAUCACUCAGAAAGGAACCGCCUUCGAUUCCCUCAAUUGAUGUCGAUGCUGAGUUUCCUGAGAGAAAGUUUCAGCUUCAUCCACAGGAAAUUGGGAUUGAGGACACAGCCAUUCACCAAUCCAUUGAUGAAGAAUUGAGCUAUUUAUAUCCAGAGUUGCAAUUCAAAUGCAAAGAUGAUAUAAUAAACGAGGAGGAAACCAGUUGGACGAAAGAGAAGAAAGUAAUGCGGACUGUUAGACGUCUCGUGGAACAGGACUCCAUAAUCAGCAGCAUGGAAACGAUAAUUAAGGAGCACAACAAGCGUGUGGCGAAACUCAACUGGGAAAAACUGGAAAUUUCGGUGAAAAUCAAAAUGCUGGAAAUAUUCCAGCUGACCGUCUACCAAGAGCUGGUUACCAUCAAGUGCUUUGAACGGCUGGAAAAUGAACUGAUGGACAGAGUGGAGGCCAUGUUGGCUCUGAGGUCCAUAGAAAUGUUUAAGAUCAAUCGUAACAGGAAGAAAAUCGUAUAUGCGACUAGAGAAAUCAAUGCUCUGCAGGACAAAGAGAAUGAUGUUCUAAGAAUAUUUCAAGAAAGUGUUUUUGAAAGUAAAUUCGUUGAAUUCCUGACUAAAGUCUAUAAGAAAAAGUACAAGCCGCCUAAAAAGAAGAAAGAUGAUGAAAGUGAGUCAUCAUCCUCAGAAGAGAGUUCAUCAGAUGAUGAUGAGAGUGAGAGCUCAGACGAAGGAGAGAUGAAAAUAAUCAAAUUCGAUGAGAACAUUUGUCCGGAAGGCUGUGAUCCCGAUUUGUACAAGAGAACGUUUGUACUUCGCGGUAGAAGACAUGAAUUGGAACUCGAAAUAAUUGAAGUGAAGAAGAGAGUUGAUUCAUUGAAAAAGGAGAAUGAAAUGUCUGGCAAAAGACUGCUACAAAUUGAUGUUGUAUUGCGACUGCAUCUCGAAAAGUUGGAAAGUUUUCAGCGUCAGAAACAGAGGAAGGUGAACGAGGUUGAGACAGUGGUUGUUCUGAAAUCCGAUCAACUUCUGAAUUACAAGAAAUCGGAUGAGAUGGGAUCAAUAGGCAAUUCGGUUUUGAUGCCCAUGGACAGUUUGAAAAAGCUGAAUGACAGAGUCGGCGAGUUGGAGAAUGAGACAAAGGCUGAACAAUUGAAACACGAACAAUACAAAACUCACCUACAGCGUAUGAGAGUGGAUGUAAAAGCUAUGGAAGCACAAAUAGAAGAGCUCAAAAAGAAAAUCAAGAAUGAGAAAAUGAUAAAAUUCGGAGCCGAAAUUAAUAUUGAUCGACUGGAGGACUCUGUGUUGAAGGAGAUGAUACUAGCUGUGCGAUUCGAUAUUACCUCUCUGCAACAGGACAUGGAGAAAAAACUGAACGCAUUCAAGGAAACUAUCCUGGCAAAAGCAGAAGAAAAGGCAAAAAUUCAAAGAGAAAAUACAAAUAAAUUCCAGAUGCUUUCCUCUCUACAAGAUGAGAAGACAAAAGUGAAACAGAUGCUCAAUGCUCAGAGGAUUAAAAAGACCAAGCUUCAAGACAAAGACAUCUUCGAAAACGAGAUCAACAUGGACAUCAAACACUUGGAAGAACUUCUGAAAGAACUGAACACCCAACGCGAAGCUAUCCUACACGAAAUCCGAAUCCUGAGUUUGAAAGGACGUCCGUUGCCUCCCAUCACCAAGGCCGGGCCCACUCCUCGAGAGAGAGUUCCCAAGCGGCGGUCGGCGCCCGUUUUGGAGCGCAUUGACUCCGAGGAGCUCGAACUCAAAACGGAGGUUCCCGCUAAACCGAGAUCAGCUAGUAUGACGUUGAAGUUGACCAAACCGACACCGCGGAAAUCGAGUAAUGUGAGCAUAGAGGUGCCUCAAGUGGAUCUGGGUUUGAAGUCUGGGAGAGAGAGCGACACUGAUACUGAAUCUCCGUCCACUGAACUGCCGUCGGGCAUCGAGGCGGCUCAAGACAGCCAGCUCUACGAUAUGUGUGCGAACAUUGUGGACCAGAUUGUGAACGAGUGUACGGAUAGUUUGGGCUAUGAAAUUGCCAGGGAGGUUCUGGAGAUUGUGGUGAAAGAUAUUGGGGAAGAUAUCACCAGUAAAGAGAAAGAUAGGUUCGAAGGUGUUGAGGAAGAUGGUUCUCGGAGAGAAAAAAUCAGGUUCGAGGAAAAAAUUGAAAAGUUCACUGAGAAACAUGGUGUUGAAGAUGAUGCACUUGAAAGUGGGGCGCAAAGUUUGGAGGAUAAGAAUGAGGAAUAUAAGUUUACAGCAAUGGGUAGUGAAGGCGAUUUAUGUGAAGGAGAGACAAAUAAUGUGGAAAGGAAGCUGAACGCAAUAGAUGAGGAAGAUAUUGAGGUUGAUGCAGCUAGAAGUGUAGGACAAAUUUUGGAGGAUAAAUUGAAGGCUAUUGUAGUUGGAACGGAUAUUGGAGAAGAAGUAGUAGAGAACAAGGAAACAAAUACGAGUGAAAAAUCGGGAAAUCUUGAAGGUGAAACUAAUGUUGGAAAAAAUGUUUCCAAGAUUCGAGGAGAAGAUUUGGGAGAUAAAUUACAAGAGGUAUCAGGUAAACAAGGUACAACAUCUGAUGUGAUCAGAGGUAAUGUGCAAGGCUUAGAGGAAGAGUUAGGAGUGAUUAAUAGUGAACAUGAAAUCAAAUCAAUGGGAGGACCUGUACCGGAAAAGGAAAUUGGAGAAGAUGUUCUUGGAAAAGAGAAACGAUAUGUAGACGAGUAUGAUGAUGAAAGACAGGAUAAUGUGGAAAUAAAAUGGACAAAACCCGAAAAGGUUGAUGAAGAAGGAGGAGAAGAUAGUGGAGGAAAGGUUGAAGAUGGAAAGGAAGGAGGGCAUGGUGAUGAUAAAGAGAAAGAAGAAGGGGGCGAAGAAUAAAUCGAAGAGGAGAAACUAGUAGGGGAUGGAGAUGAUGAUUAAAAAACUAUUACCUAUUUAAUUUUCUAGGGAACUAGGAAAUUGACAUUAAGACUAAGAUGUACAAUAAUUGAUUCGUUAAAUUUAUUCCAUGGUUUGAAAAAUGUUUUUAAUUUAUAUAUUAUUAUGGUUCAUUAGAAAAAGCCAAGUUUUAUUGCUUGGUUUAUUUUGCAAUUCUUCUUAUUGAAUAAACUAUAACCUAAGACAUUUUCUUCAUAACAUUAAAUAAAAAUAUUUCCACCUCAAAAACGUGCCUAUCUUUCAUAAAUUAUUAAUUCCAUUACCGUACUCAAGUUUAGGAAAAACGUGAUCUUUAGCUUCUAUACGUACAUGCAUACAUUCAUACAGAUACAUUCAAUUUAGAAUUGAGCUACUUUUAGACCCCAGAGAGUAAAAGAUUAGCGGGUACCCAACCCGGUUCUUUUGAAAAUCAUAACAUUCAUUGAAACUGUCAGCGCUCAGUUGACAUUAAUAGCAUGCUGCUCCUCAUACAAACAAUGCUGAAACACUUGAGGGUAGGUUUUGUUUGGCAGGUUGCCUAUCCUGUUCCUUUAAAGCCCUUGAGAUUCACAUCAUUCUGUCAUCAUUCCACCUGAAUAAUAAGGAU